ACUGCCCUCUUUUGGGAUUGCUUUCCGCCGUCCUGCGGCUCGUACGGACGACAACCCGCCGACCAUUGCCUCCUCAGUUCUCGAUCGGACGGCUUCCCUGCUUCGUCUUCUUGUCCGCGUCCUUCGGUGUUGGUGCGGCUUCUUCUUUUGAAAACGGCAGUCAACGGGGUGCGAAGCGGGCGUCGGUGGGCGAUCGGGGGAGGAUGGGGAGGAACGGAAGCGUGAAGCGGAGCUACUCGGCAUCGCCAAACGACUACAAACUGCUUGAGGAAGUCGGGUACGGGGCCAGUGCGACUGUCUACCGGGCGAUUUACCUCCCCUCCAACGAGUUCGUCGCUGUCAAGCGCCUGGAUCUCGAUCGAUGCAACAGUAACCUCGAUGACAUACGAAGGGAAGCCCAAACAAUGAGCUUAAUAGACCAUCCAAAUGUAAUAAGAGCAUAUUGUUCAUUUGUUGUUGAGCAAUACCUUUGGGUUGUUAUGCCAUUUAUGGCUGGAGGCUCGUGCUUGCAUCUGAUGAAGAUUGCAUAUCCAGAUGGAUUUGAAGAACCUGUCAUAUGCUCAAUACUUAAAGAAACACUAAAGGCUUUAGAGUACCUUCAUCGACAUGGGCAUAUACAUCGUGAUGUCAAGGCUGGGAAUAUCCUCCUUGAUAGUUCUGGCGUGGUGAAACUGGGAGACUUUGGUGUUUCAGCCUGCAUGUUUGAUAAAUGUGACAGACAACGUUCAAGAAAUACUUUUGUUGGAACACCAUGCUGGAUGGCUCCAGAGGUGUUACAGCCUGGAAGUGGGUAUGAUUUUAAAGCUGACAUUUGGUCAUUUGGAAUAACUGCACUAGAAUUGGCACAUGGCCAUGCUCCAUUUUCAAAAUACCCUCCGAUGAAGGUUCUCUUGAUGACUCUCCAAAACGCACCUCCAGGACUUGAUUAUGAUCGGGAUAAAAAGUUCUCAAAGUCCUUUAAAGAGAUGAUAGCAAUGUGUUUGGUGAAAGAUCAAACAAAGAGACCAACUGCAGAAAAAUUGUUGAAGCACUCUCUUUUUAAGCAUGCGAAGCCUCCUGAGAUAUUGUUGAAGAGCAUUUUAAGUGACCUUCCUCCUCUUUGGGAUUGUGUGAAGGCACUCCAGUUAAAGGAUGCUGCGCAGCUAGUUCUCAAGAAAAUGCCAUCAUCUGAACAGGAGGCACUAUCACAGAGUGAAUAUCAGAGAGGUGUCAGUGCAUGGAACUUUGACAUUGAGGAUCUCAAGGCUCAAGCAUCACUGAUUCAAGAUGAUGAUGACCUUUCUGAAAUGAAGGAAGAUGAAGAAACUAUAAAAAAUUUUGUUUCCAGCAAGGAUCCUUCGACACCGAGAUCCAGUUGCGAAAAGUCACCAAUUAAUGAUAAAACCAACUCAAGAGGAAGUAUACCGUGUGCAGAAUCCUUGGAGACAAAAUGCUCAAAUACAAGGGAUGAAAUAUUGCAAGCAGAGUCUUCAGAUGCUAGUAAUCAGGAAAGGUUAGAUCAGUAUGACAGCCGCAGACUGAAAGGUGAUUUAGCACCAUCAACAUCAAAGCCUGAUGCACUUACGAAUCAUAGGAAAGUUGAAGUUGGAAAAAGAUGUCAAACUUAUAGUGGCCCACUUGCACUGUCAGGCAUGCCUACCACCUCAGUGUCAGAAAGAGUGCAUUCCGCGGAAAGGGUUGAUAAUGACAAUCAGCAAGGAGCUGAGAGAUACAUACGUGAUACACGUAAAGUUGCAAAUCUCAGUGGUCCACUAAUGCUUCCAAACCGUGCUUCAGCUAACAGCUUAUCUGCUCCUAUGCGUUCAUCAACAGGAUGUGGAGACUCAUUGGAGGAUAAGAUCAAGCCUAAUGUGGUUCAAAUAAAAGGCCGAUUCUCAGUUACAUCAGAAAAUGUGGAUCUUGUGAAGGACUUGCCAUUAUGUAACAUUUCAAGAAGGUCAACCCAGGAAUCCCCCUUACGAAAAUCUGCCAGUGUGGGUGACUGGGUAAUUAAUCCAAAGCCAGUGUCACUGGGCCAACCUCCAAAUGGAGAUGGCAACAACAAUCUGAAGGAAGUCAAACCUCCAAAUGGAGAUGGCAAUAACAAUAUGAAGGAAGUCAAACCUCCAAAUGGAGAUGGCAAUAACAAUAUGAAGGAAGUUAACAACAGUACAGUGCCUGCACACAUUCUCAAGCCACAUCUUGAAAAUCUUUUUCAGCAAACAUCUUUUCAACAGGAUCUCAUUAUGAAUCUGUUGAAUAGUUUGCAGCAAAGGGAGACAAUUGAUUUGCCUUACCUAACUCAAAAUGUGAGGAAUGAGAACUUGCUGGAUGCUGUGAACAGUGAAAGAGAACGUAUACUACUGAUUAAAAUCUCAGAGCUGCAAGCCAGGAUGAUUACUCUAACUGAUGAGCUUACUGCAGCAAAGCUGCAACAUAUUCAGUUACAACAAGAGUUAAAUGGAUUGUAUAGCCGAGAAGAAAACAAGAGGAAUGAAGAAAUAGCAGAAUCUUGAUCUAGUUCCUACUUUCUAGAGAUUCUAGAUCAUUGUCAUGCCAGAUAUAUAGAUAUUCCUGUCUGAGAUCUUCCACGUACUUUCUUGUUACCCCUCUAAGAAGAUCUAAUGGAAAGGAGCUAACUGAGAUAUCAAUUUCUCAGUUCUCACAAUGGCAUAUUGCUUGGAUAGUUGGGAGAUCAUAUUGUCACUAACGCAAUCCAGACAUUUCUUCUGUUCAACGCUACAAACGGAUCAUGAUCAUGAUCAUGAUGUACAAUGUAAGCUGUUAGAUUUUGUAGUUACCACCUCUGUUGCUGGCAUGCUUGGCGUCUACUUGUAUUUGCACCGUGCCGCAAGGCUCCUUUUUCUUGGUUCAGGUUCUUUGAUGCUUUGGCUGUAUGUGCAUUGUUUUCCGAAGGAGUUUGAAAAACAACAAGCAGAUGAAGCUGCUCUCGCAACUCCUAUUUAUUGUAUUCAAACUUAAUGCUAUCAUAAUAAUCAUAUUCAUAUUCGUUUGCCU